CAUCACGUGUAUCACUUUUCCUCUCCUCGGAAUCGUCAUCUAUGCUGCCCAGUGUUUCCUGAAAUAAUCAUAAACUUGGAUGAAACCCUUCGAUCCAAGAAAGUAAUCUUGAUGGCGAACGCAACUCCGACUUAGUUUCAAGCUAAUCAAAAUGGAUUUCGUCGAAUUGGAAGCAAUCGAAGGCCUACGAUGGUCAUGGAAUUCAUGGCCAGUAUCAAGAACCGAAUCAAACGAUCUGGUAAUCCCUUUGUCCAUAAUGCAAACUCCAUUGAUGAAAUUCAACGAACUUCCACUCCUAUCCUACGAUCCAUUGAUCUGUUCUCGAUGUGGCUCCGUCUUAAACCCGUACGCUCGUGUCGAUUACCCUUCUCGAAUCUGGAUUUGCCCUUUUUGCUAUCAGAAGAAUUCAUUUCCAAGAUCGUACGCCGAAAUCGGCGAGAACAAUAUUCCUGCUGAGCUUUUCCCAACUUACAGUACUGUUGAAUACCAAUUAGGUCACCAGGGUUUGAUGACUCCGACCCGGAUGAAUUCCAAUCCGGUUCACAAUUGGGGAACUAGUAACGGAUCAGGGUUGGCUAAAUCGAAUUCGUCCUCGUUUUCUUCGUCUUCGUUGUCGAGUUUAGAUCAACGAGGGUUAACAGGGAGGGGAAUAGGGAUUGGGCCGGCGUUUGUUUUUGUCGUGGAUGGUAGUUCAAGUGAGGAUGAACUUAAAGCACUUAAGAAUGAGUUGCUGUUGAUUGUUGCACAGCUGCCGGAAAAUGCCAUGGUAGGGUUGAUUGUUUUUGAUUCAAUGGUGAGGGUGUAUGAUCUUGGGUUUACUGAGUGUUUACGGGUGGUUGUCUUACAUGGUGAACGCAAGCCUUCUUCUAGCCAGAUCAUAGAGUUUCUCGGAAUCCAUCCCACAAGACAACAACUUGGAAAACCACAAAAUACACAAAAACACAAUUUCAUUUUACCAAUUUCCGAAUGUGAAUUCAACAUCACCACCGCCAUCGAAGACAUCCGCCACUCACCACCACCAUCCUCCGGCCACCGCCCUCCCCGGUGUACCGGAGCCGCGAUACUAGUUGCCAUAGCCCUUCUAGAAGGUUCUCUAGUCCCCACCGGGUCCCGCAUCAUGGUAUUCACAUCCGGGCCCGCAACCAUCGGUCCCGGCACAAUCGUAUCCCAAGAUCUCAACCAAUCAAUCCGGACCCACCGAGACAUCAACACCGGGAACACCGUUUUUUAUAAAAAAUCUUCCGAUUUUUAUAAACAAAUAUCCGAAAAACUAUCCGAUUUAUCGAUGGUUCUUGAUCUUUUCGCGUGUUCGUUGGAUCAAAUCGGGGUCACGGAGGUCCGACCCGCGGUGGAGCGAUCCGGCGGGUUCGUGAUGCUAUCCGAAUCCUUCGAAUCGGAUCAAUUCAAAAAAUGUUUACGCCACAUUUUUUCGCGCGAUGAAGACGGGUUUUUAACCAUGUGUUUCGAUGUAACAAUCGAAAUAAUCACAACAAAAGACGUGAAAGUAUCCGGGGCAAUCGGCCCGUGUGUUUCGACCCGGAAACAAAACGGGUCGAACAUUUGGAAACUCGGGACAAUAACCGAUAAAACAUGCAUCGCGUUUCUAUUCGAAAUCACUCAAGAACAAAAAGCACAACCGGGAACUGCGUUUUUCAUACAAUUCAUAACAAAAUAUCGACACGGAAACAUGGGGUUUAGGAAGCGCGUGACGUCGGCAGCUCGGCGGUGGGUUAGCGGCGGCGCACCGGAGAUCGCCGCCGGGUUUGACCAGGAGACCGCGGCGGCAGUGAUGGCGAGGUUGGCGGUCCGGGAGACGGAAAGGAAUUUUCCGAGGGAAGUCGUGCGGUGGCUCGACAAGGAGCUUAUCCGUUUCGCCGGAAAGUUCGGGGAUUAUAUUCCGGAAGAUCCCGGAUCUUUCCGGUUAUCUACAAAUUUUUCUCUCUACCCACAAUUCAUGUAUCAUUUAAGAAGAUCACAAUUUAUAGAUGUUUUCAAUAGUAGUCCGGAUGAAACCGCGUUUUUUCAAAUGAUGUUGAAUCGGGAAUCGGUGAUCGGGUCGUUGAUUAUGAUCCAACCGACGUUGACCCGGUUUUCGUUUGACGGGCCACCGGGUCCGGUUCUUUUGGAUAUCGGGUCGGUGUCACCGGAUGUGAUUUUGGUAUUUGAUUCGUAUUUUUAUGUGGUGAUUCAUUACGGGUCGAAGAUAGGGCAGUGGAUGAAAAUGGGGUAUGAUAAGGAUCCGGGGCAUGAGAAUUUCAGGAGGUUGUUGGAGGCGGUGGAGAUCGAGGCGGCUCAGCUGGCGGCUGAGCGGAUUCCGGUGCCGAAAGUGGUGAGGUGUGAGCAGCAUAGUAGUCAGGCGAGGUUUUUGUUGGCUAAGUUGAACCCUUCGGUUACACAUAAGUCGAGUUAUGUUGUUGAUGGGGCUGAGGUUGUGUUGACUGAUGAUGUGAGUUUGGAGGUUUUUAUUGAACAUUUGCAGGAAUUGGCUGUUCAGGGUUGAUUUUGGAUGUCAUUGUUGUUGUAUAGAGUUUGGUUUUUAUUGAGUAGAAUUGUGGUAUAGGAAGGUGUUGUGCAUUACGGAUUAUGUGAAAUUCACGUGGGUUUUGUUAAAUCGGAAAAUAUAAUCGCAAGUAGUUUCUUGAUUGGGUAAA